AUGUGCCUGGCAGGCACCACAGCGGCAGCCGUUGUGGCGGUGGAAGUGGAGCACAAGGAUGAGCAGGAGGGGAAGGAGGAGGAGGAGGAAGAUGGUGGUGGCGGUUCAAGAAGGCGGUCAGAGUUAGGUGGCGGCGUAGAGGACGAUGAAGAGGUAGACGGAGGAGCGGCGGUAGGUGCGGUAGGCGUAAUGCAGUUGAUUCGAAGUUGUUUAGAAAAUUUAAUCGGCGCCUGGAAUGUCCGUUGACACCGUGAAUACGUCGAAUGUGGUUGUGCGUUGGAAUUGCGAUUUGGGUGCAGCUGAGACUCGCGUGCUUCGCGUUUGGCUUUUGCGUCGCCAAUGCGGCUGUCCUGGUAGAUCACAGCACCUGACUUCACUGUCCUCGUCCAGGUCGGUCGGUCUCGGGCGAGGUUUACCUAGUUGGCCGGACUGAUUUACGGCGCUUCAAAGAGGACAUAAUAGUAUCCUUGUAUCGGCCGAUUUGGCCUCAUCUGCGGCGGUGACCCGUGGCGACUACUCCAUAGAAGAGCCUUUUGGGGAGCCGCUCGUCACCCCUCCGCACGAGAUGGCCGCUCGAACGCAGUUGCAGUUGUCUCAGCAUGGUGUAGAUGCUGAGGGUUCCCGUUCGCUCCACUGCGUCCGUGUUCGGGAUUUGGUCCAGCCAACCGAGCUCCAAUAUGUGACGAAGACAAGUGAGGUGGAAGUGAUUGAGUCGGCCUGCCUGCUUCGUGAACCCCGUCCGAGUUGCUGCUCAAUACAGCAGCGUCGGAGGAUGACGGCCUUGUACAUCUUUAAUGUCGUGCUGAGCUAA